AUUCCAUCUAAACUCAUUUUACAUAAACAAUUGGGUAUACAUAUAUAGAAGUACUUUUUUCAUAAUGGUGGUUACUAGCAAUGGAAAAUGUGAGUGGGCUAAAGAAAUGAAGGAAUUUGAUGAAACAAAAGCUGGUGUCAAGGGACUGGUGGAUGCCGGAAUAUCGAAAAUCCCUCAGUUCUUCGUGCAUCCACCGGAAAGUUUGGCAACACCAAGUAAAACCACCAAGAAUGUUCAACUUGAGUUGCCCACAAUAGACUUUGAGGGGGUCCAAACUGGAGGUGCAAGGCGGAAGGAGGUCGUGGAGGAGAUUAGGAAGGCAGCAGGGAUUUGGGGCUUUUUUCGAAUAGUGAAUCAUGGUGUUCCAUUACAUAUAAUGGAUGCCAUGUUGGAAGCUGUUAAACGGUUCCAUGAACAACCAGUGGAGGAGAAAAAGCUUUUGUAUUCUGCUGAUAGUAGCCAAAGAGUUAAGUUUAAUAGUAAUGGACCCCUACGUGAAUAUGAUUCUGCAUGUUGGAGGGAUAUCUUGACUUGUGUUUUUCAUGAUGACCAAUUGGAUCCUGAAGCUAUUCCUCUAACUUGCAGAAAGGAAGUGCAAGAAUACGUGAAAUGCAUGAUCCAAAUGAGGGAAAUAAUGGCCGAGUUACUAUCAGAAGCUUUAGGGCUCAGCAGUGAUCACCUUUCAAGUAUUGAAUGCAUGAAAAGUGAAGCAUUGGCUUGUCUCUACUAUCCAAUAUGUCCUGAACCUGAGAAGACACUGGGCACAGACAAACAUUCAGACACGACUUUCUUAACAUUGCUAAUGCAAGACACUAUAGGCGGCCUCCAAAUUCUUCAUGAUGAUCAGUGGGUCGACGUGCCUCCAGUGCGCGGAGCCCUCAUAGCCAAUAUCGGUGAUCUGAUGCAGAUUAUAAGCAAUGACAAAUUCAUAAGUGUGGAGCAUAGAGUGUUGGCUCAACCGGUCGGGCCAAGGAUCUCAGUUGCAUGCUUCUUCACCCCAAGUCUUAGAGCAGGGGCAAAGCCAUUUGCACCUAUAAAAGAGAUUCUGUCUGUUGAGAAUCCAGCCUUAUACAGAGAAUUCUUAUUCAGGGAAUAUUGUCAGUAUUACAAGACAAAAGGACAAGAUGUUACCUCGGCUCUUCCUCAUUUCAGGAUUGAACGGAUCCUUCCAUAGUGAACACUUCAAAAAAAAAAAAGGGCCAAAAUCUUUUAUCAUUUAGAUGAAUAUCUUUCUACCGUUUGGGUUUGUUUUACUAUAUUACGUGAAUAAAAGACGUGCAUUCCAAAUAUUCAUUUCGUUGUGCUUUAUUCAUGUCGGAAUAUGUUCCCUCCUUUGCCUGGGGAAGAUCUGACGACUCCUGCCCUAAAAUAGAUUGGCGGGUUAAGAAUUAAGAUUUGCUACUGCCAAAGAGGCCAGGAACAAGCUUCCGCGUCUCCCGUCCUUCUGGUUCUUGUAAACGGAUUAUCCUUCUUCCUUUCCUUUUUUUUUUUUUUUCUCUGUUUCUUUCUUGUUAUGAAUGUUAAAGCUUCUGAACAUGGAUUCACCUGUCAUA